AACCGGAAGUUUCUUAUUCCAUGGUUUGAUCAUGUUUGCUGUCGCGCGCUGCAUCUUACUGACUGCUUUCACUAACCAGAUGUAUCCAUGGAUGCAUGUCCAAAAUAGAUUUUGAGUUAUGCACAUGUUCUCUUUACUGUUUAAAAAAAUUACCUAGACCUAACUACACAAAGAUCAACCGCAGUGUAUCGGUAGCAGUGUAUGAGUCGGGUAGUGUUUCAUGCAGUAAAGAUGGAAUACGAACGGAAUAAAAGUUUAGGCGUAGCUCCGGUUAUACCACAUGGGCCAAUAAUUGUUGCGGACUGGCAUCGGUGUCCCGACAGCAAAGAGUAUUUCACCAAGAUAUUUCAGAAGAAAAGGCGCAAAACUUUUGGUCUCCUCGAAGCUCCUGCUAUGCCUCCGCAAAUACAUGUCGACACCGUCCGCUACAAAAUAUUUCUUGCCGGGAAAAGCGGUGUUGGAAAAACUGCUCUUGCUGCCCGCCUAGGGGGAUCAGACAUUCCCAACAUGCACUAUGAAACUACAGGUAUCGAGACAACAGCUGUGUUCUGGCCAGUGAAACUGAAGGAGAAUGGCCGGGUUCUCUUCUUCAAGUACCUCUUUUGGGAUUGCGGGGAGAAUGCACUUCGCAGAUUUGACCACUUGUUACCGUCAUGUAAGGAGCAGGUGGAUGCCAUCUUGUUUUUAUUCUCUUUUACUGACCAUGGCUCUUUUGAAGAUUUAUCAAAUCAGAUAUCCAGAGUAACGGACCCUUCUGAUAGAAUCGUAAAAUUGGUGGUGGGUACCAAGUUUGAUUUGUUCAUGCACACCGAUGUGACCGAAAGGGAGAUAGCCAGUUUCCAGGAGACAUGGGGCUUGCCAGUGUUCCGUGUCGGAGGAGACGUGAAUGGUGGACUGGGAGAGGUGGCCCCCCUCCUCAAUGCUCUGGCUGAACACCUCUGGCACCAGGACUGUGUUGCCGCAAGCUGCGUCCCUCCUUCCUCUCAAGUCUAAGGCUGGGAACAGAGGCAAGACUCCAGACACUUGUUUAUCCCCGAGCUACACCUUAUGUACAGCAGAAAGCCUUCUGAUGACUCCUGAUUGACUGUGUUGUCUAGUAUUUAUUACGACAUGAUUAUGUCAGUCUGACAAGUGCUGCAAUUGAAAUGAAUGAUGUAUUUGCUAAAAUGAGUAAAAACACUAUUUUUUUAUUUAUUUUUUUUAAUCAGAGCUAUUGUUGAUUAUGUAUUUAACAUUCCAUGUUAUCGGCUGUACAGGGUGAUGAGCAUAGCAAUAUCAUGGAGAAAUACAGAUUUCAAUUGUACAAACCGACACUAUAAUAAGAGCUUGCACUAACUAUUUAGAGGUUCAGCUUCUGGAGUAACACUGGGCAUUUAAUUACGUAGGAGUGUAUAUUUUCAUAGUUGUAUUGCCACUACUAUUGUGGAAAAAGUCAGAACUCGGUGUGAAAUUUCAUACCUCAGAUGGCCCCAUUAGAAUGGGAUUUAUGAAUAAGUGUACAUUGGUUAAGACUACACCAUGGCUAGGUUGCUGGAUAAUUGUGUUACUUCCAGUUUACACGGACAUAAAAUAAGUUUAUAGCAUGUGUGCUGUGCCCAACUACAAAUAUAGUUGUAAAGUGCAUGUCAAUUCAAAUUAAGUUUAGUCCAGAUUUCAUGAAGAACUGCUUAAAUGGGUUUCAGAUCUGGAUUUAACCAAAGGCAAUGCCAUUUAAAUAUCAGCAAUAUUUACGAACGUUUGCAUAUAGAGCCAUGUAGAACAAGAGAAAGGCUUAGGGCUAUGGGAAACGGAUCACCAGGUCUUGAUGGAUCUAGAAGCAGAUUAGCUGUCAGUUGGGUGCCUGCGAGCUUUGACAGUCAGGGCACCAUUAUCUGCCAGUGUUGACGUUAUAGACAUGGGAUCCACAUCUAACGGCAGCUGGAACUUGUGGGUGAAAUUGUUUAUGACCGUGCCAUCUUCCCUGACCUGUUAAAUGAUAAGGAGUGUGAAGAAAGUAGGCAGAAAAAGAAAAGAAAAAAAAAAUUAAAUACUAUACUCAUUUAAAUACUCAUUUAAAUGACCAAACAUAUGGACAGUUCCCUCUUACCUUCUCAGCUUUGACCUCAAUGAGGUUAUUUGAAGAGGUGACUAUGAUCUCCACAGGUGAAAACUCACUGGCAUCCACUGUCAACAGGUACAUGUUUCCGACUGUCUGGAUUUUACCCUGAAGGAGAGCAGCAGAUAGCAAUGGAGAGUCUCUUUAGACUUAAUGCUGUGAAUGUACCCCCUCGGGAAUGCUGCACAAUAAAGACAUCCCCAGUUCCAGGUGAAGAGCUACUUACCCA